UCGCGCCGAGCCGUGCCGAGCGAACGGCUCGCAGUUCGGUGGCGCGUAAAUCGAGGCGCCGAUGAACGUGUGCGCGCGCCCCACGUUCAGCUCGAUCGCGCUCCAAUACUCUCCGCCAUCGCCGCCUUCACCGCUACAACGAUAUUCCGCGAAACCGCCGGAUGGAUCGCUCGUACCGCCGUGAAACGCCGCGAAUAACCGCCGUGUUACCGUGCGUCGUGCGACAGCCGGAAACGGCCGCACUACGUGCCCAACGCGUUCCGCCGAACGUUGCCGCCAGUCAACAUAUUGCGCUCGUAUCGUAAUGUUGGCAAGAUUUGUCGGGACGACGGCCGUCGCGCCGACCGCCGAGGAUUAUUGAUUUCCUCGCUUCGCCGCGUAUAUAUGUCCCUCGCGUGUAAAUAUCGCGACAACACACCAUGUGCCGGCGCGAUUGAGAAGCAGGUAUCGGGGAAGAAGCACGGCCGACGGAGACGUCGAUGUCGGUGGAGGAUAAUAUGAUCGUGAGGCAGGCGGGAUCGUUAGGAGAAAUUCCACGCGCGAGAAAAGGAGAAAAAAUCGUCGCGCGAAAGCUCCCGAGGGGGAAGAGAAUGGAAUGUCGGCGUGACGGAGAGAGAAGGGGGAGGGGAGGGGAAAGAGAGAGAAGAAAAACGAAAUAAUAGUGGAGCCAGGCAGAGCCUUGAGAAUAAACCUCACGAAUGAACGGGAUGUUUCGAAUAAUUAUACGCGUCCGCGGCUUUGACUUAGACGGGACGAUAUGCUCCUUGCGCGCUUCAACCAGCAUUUUACUUUUCGACGCGCGAGCUGACCCGCGCGUUUCUCCACCCGCGAGAUGCAGUAUUUAUCGCCCGUUCCGGAACCAUUCAUUUAAUAAAUAAUCAAAAAUGGCGGAUACGGAUCCACAGUUUAAACGCUUUUUGCUGCCAGCAGAGGAGACUUUGUUCGAACAGUUGCUGAGAUUUGGACUUUACGUGGGUGCGGUAUUCCAAAUCAUGUGUUUACUAGCCAUAGUGAUCUACCAGGCAGGUCCGUCGGAUGGUGUGGCAGCUUUAAAGGAUGAUCCAAGCGAUGUGGAAUGUUCCGAAAAUAGCCCGCAAGUGACACCGAGAAGACCUCACCGGCCGCGCAAGCAAGAAAAAAAGAAGAGACGUUGAAAUAUUCUUUACUGAGACCAACCAAACGUUAUAUUUUACCGAGAGAUAUUUAUACUGUUUUGCGUAAGACUAGAACUGCGGAAUCAUUUCUUAUAAUUGUUAUAUGUAUCCGGCAUAAGUUAUCUAUUAAAGGGCAUUUUUCCAGUAUAA